UCAAAGAGCAGCGAAAGCUGCGAAGGAAGUUCAGAGCGUAGGUUGAAGGUCAAAAGCGAAAGACGUAAACUUCCUGUUCAAGUCUUCUAGUCUUCUAGAUACCCCCAUCGAAAUCCUGACUUAUCAGAGGAAAGAGAAUUUUCAAAUCACAUGUAAAGGAUGUCAAGCUUGGAUGGGAUCACUCUGACUCCUGGCUCCACAGUCUUGUUACUGUGGGCUGGUGACCAAAUGUCUGCCAACAUGCAGGAUGUAGCCACCUCUAUAUCAGAGCAGGUCAGGUCUGGCUCUGGCGGAAGAAUCCAACUGGAACACAUUGACAGACUCGUUAUGUCCUCUCAUCCAAGCUCUAGUUUUGACCUGGUCAUCUCUGGCUUGGUGAACCCAUUUCAAACCCAGCACACCACAGAGAUUUUAGGUGAACUGUGUCGAGUGCUCAAGCCAAAGGGCCGACUCUACGCCCAGGAACUUGCUCUGCCUUCUGGACAGAAUGGGAGAAAGUCGAAGGAUCAGUUGAUGUCGCUUCUGAAACUGUCCGGAUUUGUGGAUAUUGCAGAUGCUAGAGAAGUCCCUUUGAAUGAUGAUGAGAAACAAGAGCUGAAGCAAAGUUCAGACACUGCUAGUGAUGUGGUGCUCUACAGACUGGGAGCUCAGAAGCCAGCCUACGAAGUGGGAUCUUCCUCACAGCUUAAACUGCCCUUCAAACCCAAACCAAAGCCCAAGGUUGACGACAAUGUAGCAAAAGUCUGGAGCCUGAACUCGUCCGAUCUCAUGGACGCUGAUGUGGAUUUGGUCAAUGAAGAUGACUUGCUGGAUGAGGACGACCUCAAAAAGCCAGACCCAGCCUCUCUCAAAGUUGAUUGUGGUGGAGGUGCCAAGAAGAAGAAAGCCUGCAAAAACUGUACAUGCGGGCUGGCAGAGGAAUUAGAUUCUGGGAAAAAGGCUGACACCACAAAGACGUCUGCUUGUGGAAAUUGUUACCUUGGAGAUGCAUUCCGCUGCGCCAGCUGUCCGUACCUGGGCAUGCCUGCCUUCAAAUCUGGGGAAAAGAUCGCACUGUCCAACAGGCAGCUGAAGGCAGAUGCCUGAACACAUCUCAAGACAAGUUGAUUCUCACUGUUGUGUACUCCAGAUUUUCAUACAGACUUCCGAUCCAACAGUGUUGAACGUAGAUGUAGGUGGGAGACGGAAUUAUUAUUCCUUUAUUCAUGAAUUGCUGGAUCAAAAGUUUUGACUUGGAAUAAAUUCUUGAAGUUGUGCUUUUUGAGCUAAACAAAUAAAAUUUAUUAUGUACAUGAAAAA